ACGACUUUUAGCUUGAUCUGAAUGAGCAGCAAUCGCCAGCUUGUCUCAGUCGCGAAUACAAUAUGGACGAGAGACCGCAUGCACAUGAAAUAUUGGUCGCCAAACCAAGCCGCUACAACCAAUAUGAUGCAGCACCCGGCAGCAGUAGCAGGGGAUAUGGUUGCAUUGAAAGAGAAGUGGACAAUGAUCCCAAUAGACCUGAUGCAGUCGAAUCACCUGCGAAUCCAUGCUCUCACCUGAGAUUUUUUCUACUGGAACCGUUGAUAUUGAUAUUGCUCUUUGCAUAUAAUUUAUCAGCUACCGUGCUCCAAUCGCAAAUCAUCUAUCAAAGCUGCACAGCUGGCUUGGGCUACACAAAAGCGGUUUGCAGUCUGCUGGGCACAAAAAAUUCAACAAAUGAGACGAAAAUAAUUGAGCAAGAGGUUCAGCCGUACGCAGCACAUAUAUUUCUCGCCAUAAAGAUUCUGGAGUCACUUCUACCGGCAUUUUGUGGUUUGUUUGUUGGCGGUCUAGCAGACCGAUAUGGCAGGAAGCCUCUAUUGCUCGCCUCCUUCUUCGGGUAUGUGCUGCAGUAUAGUUUAUCAGCAUGUAUUGCCUAUAUAGCCAUACAAUUGGAUGGCAUGGUUAGUCCUUGGUACUAUUUGAUUACCAUAAUACCGAUAUCGCUGAUAGGCAGCACCGUCACCACAACCACGGCAGCACUUUGCUUUAUAGGCGAUGUAUCCACCGGCAAAAUUAGAUCUUACAGAAUGAUCGCCUAUGAGAUGAGCAUCUAUGUGGGCUUACUCCUGGGCAGCUUUGCCGCCGGCUACAUUUAUGACGCCACCAAUGCUUUUACCAUCUUUGUCAUCUCGGCUGCAUCCAUACUCUUUGCCCUGUUACUGAUGGCAGCCCUGCUGCCAGAGAGUCUGCAGAAUAGGCAGCGCUCUCAAGGUUUUGCACUUAAGGAUUUGUGGGACACCAGUUUUAGGAGACGUGAACACUCAGAUCGUUCCAUACUCAUAUUGCUGAUGUGUGUGUUGCUGCUAGCGACUUUCGUAAAUGAUGGCAGCAAUUCGGUGUUUUAUAUGUUUAUGCGUGAAAAGUUCCAUUGGACAGUGCGGGAGUUUACCAACUACGAGUCUGUCAGCAUAUUGGUGCCAGCUGUUGCCGGAUCUGGUGGCAUUCUAUUUCUCUGGUCGCUGCGGCAGUGCAUCAAAUCAGCAACUCUUUGGUUGGCCCUCAUCUCGCUGCUGAGUCAUGUCUCGAGCAGUCUGAUGAAGGCUUUUGCCUUUGUCGACUGGCAAAUCUAUCUGGCCAUUGGUUUGGGUGUAUUUAAGUCAAUGGUGAAUCCCAUGUGUCGCACAAUGAUAACAAAUCUCUUGCCAGACGUUGAGAGAGGCAAAAUAUUUGGUUUGCUCGGCGUGCUGCAGUCCCUUUCCCCGCUCGCCUCCUCGACUCUUUACAUCUUAUUUUAUACAUUAACUUUGAGUAGUGUGCCGGGUUUCUUUAACCUAAUCAGCGCCAAUUUGUAUGGACUUGCGAUUGUUUUGCUGCUUUUUGUCUGUCGCAAAAAAACAAACAAUUCUGAACACUACGAACAGAUUUUCAAGUGAUGCCCCCCUAUGUAUUAUAAUUUUUGUUAAAUAGUAAGAAAAAAAGUUAAUUUUUACCAGUCAUUCGACCAUUCGCACAUCAAUUAUACAAAUUGAAUGAUGCUUGUAAUAAUAUGGCACACGGAAUUACCUACUUACAUAUUUGCACAUAAUAAAUAGCGAAAUGUGUGAACUGUGAAUGUA